AUGGAGCCAACAUACGCUCGCCGAAUGGUGCCUUGCCUAGAUGAACCGAGUUACAAAGCCAACUGGACCGUAACUGUGAUUCAUCCGAAGGGCACAAGAGCCGUAUCGAAUGGCAUUGAAACGAACGGGGAAGGAGGAAGAGCGAGGCGACCUGGAUCAUUUCUGAAUUCGAAACCACUCCCAAAUGUCGUCGUACUUGUUGGCCGCUUAUCGUCUCUGAAUUUGAAUUAUCGAAGGUUUCACAAAAACAGGCGUACGGUUCCGAAUAUGGUCACGUCCAGAGGCAAAAGAGAUGACACACUACGCUCUAUAUUCUGGCAUCAGAUGCUUGGAAUUCUACGAAGACUUCUUUGGCAUCAAAUUCCCUCUAAAGAAACAAGGUGUGUACCUAAAAAUUUAAUCACGAAAUACAGCGCCAAGAAAGUGGUUAGCUUUGUUCGUUCAACCCAGUAUAUUCCUUCAGAUAUGGUUGCACUACCUGACUUCCCUUCUGGUGCCAUGGAAAACUGGGGACUCAUCACUUAUAGAGAGAACUCCUUGUUGUAUGAUGACAGGUACUAUGCUCCGUUGAAUAAACAUAGAGUCGCUCUUGUAGUUGCUCAUGAACUUGCUCAUCAGGCAGCUGUGGUGUUGGCAACCUUGUUCACUUUAAGAAAUGGUGAUGAUUUUUUGUGGUUGAACGAGGGUUUUGCAACUUUCAUGGAAUACAUUGGGACCAAGGAGAUUAGCGAUGAUAAAUUCAGAAGUAAGGACUAUUUCCUACUGGACACCAUUGGAGGCGCGUUGGAAGCGGACGCAGUAGCUUCUAGCCAUCCGCUUUCCUUCAGUAAUAAGACAAAGUGCAGAAGCUGUAGAAGCUUUCGACUAUUAUCACAUACGAUAAGGGAGGCGUCCGCAUUCUUAACUAAUGCUCAGGCUUUAUUGGAGAGAAUAAUUUAG